CCUUGUAACGUGUCACAUCUCCUGUCGCACACUUCGAGCGGCCUACCGAGACGCGUCGCAGUCCCUAUUACUCUCGGAAACACCGCUUCGUACGUCAGGUGUCUCGCCAACCCUCACGUUCCACGCCAGCAGAGAUAGCAACUUGGAGAGCAAGAACUUCAUGUCUAAAACAGCCUGUGACACUUUUGACUCCAAGUUUGAUAUUGGAAAUAGCGUCCCACACCUGUGACAAGGCCCUUUGUCAGCUAAUCCACCUGCUAGGGGGAGCAGAUCCCAGUGAAAUAUCCUUCACUGCGGAUAAAGACCGACUGUUCUAAGCUACCAAGGUAUGUAUCCGACAGCACAAAAGUCGUCGAUGUAUUCAAAGCAAGGCCAGGCAAGACGUCAUAACAGCAAAACUUAGACAUCGUAAAAGUCACGAGUCGCUGUGAAAGGCCAGUCAGACAUCGCAGAUUACUUAGUACCCUCGUGAUUGGCGAGCAUGGAAGAGUCAACGGUUAAUCUGUGGUAUGAUUUGGCAGCAUCGAUCAAAGGAUAAAUGGACAUGAACAGUGGUUAUUUGGAUCUGCUCCCACGCCCCCUUUUGCUAAAACACUUAUGCAUGUGGGUGGGUCUUCUGCGCACUCGGCAGUAAGGCCCUCAACUGCUGAGUCGUCACAAGGGGCAAGCUAGAAAGAGGAAAGGAUCCUUGGCUGUGUGCAGGCCAGGGGUUGUGCCGCUGCCGUUCCUGCUAAAGCAAAAAUGGUAAGCAGGCUUGCCCACUCGUUGUGUGCCACUGACAGCCGAUCCUUGGCUGCGAGUGGUGCAAACACUGUGAUUUUGGGUGAGGCCAAUGAUCUCCGGCGGAGCUGCAGUGGUGUGUUGGCAACUACCAGUGGAGUAGUACCCUUUUGUGGCACACAGUGUCCAGCUCAGCAUGGGCGCUUGCAGGGUGCCGCACCAUUUUGGCAUGCUGCUGCAUUGCAUUCUGCUCGGUGUCCCCUAUCGGUUUUUGCAUCUUGGAAGUCAAGGUGCGCAUUCUCAUCAUGUCGCAGUGGUUGCUCAGCCUUAUCGCUCCCUCCGCUGCCCAGCAGUCUGCUUUCGGUUGGUCAUGUUGCUGGAAAUGCAGUCAGAAGUAAGCGUGGUGGUGGUGGUGGUGGGGCAAACUUAGGAAGACGGUGCAGUAGUAGUAGCAGCAGCAGCAGCAGCAGCAGCAAUGGCGAUAGAGCGAGCUCAGAUGACGGCGAUUGUGCACGAGGUGAUGAUCUUGUUGAACUGCCACUCUUUCCACUGCCUCUGGUUCUGUUCCCCGAUGCUGUACUUCCUUUGCAGAUCUUUGAGUACAGAUAUCGCAUAAUGAUGCACACGUUGCUGGAAACGGAACUGAGGUUCGGGGUCAUCUAUUCAGGCAAAGAAAGUGGCAAUGCUGCCCCAAUAGGGUGUGUCGGGGAGAUCGUCAAGCAUGAACGGCUAGCAGACGAUAGAUUCUUCCUAAUCUGUCGCGGUCAGCAGAGGUUCAAAGUGGUGGACAUUGUCCGUACAAAGCCGUAUCUUGUUGGUAAAGUGGCUUGGCUUGAAGAUGUGCCUACGGACCAGCCAGAGGAUCUUGAAGCUCUGGCUGCUGAUGUUGAGUCCUUGAUGAAGGACGUUAUCCGCCUGUCAAAUAAGAUAAGUGGUAAGCCUGACAAGGAGGUUCCUGAGGAUCUUCGCAAGAAGACAUUCCCCACACCCUUCUCCUUUUGGGUUGCGUCCACAUUUGAGGGUGCGCCUGUCGAACAGCAAAGCUUGCUGGAGCUAGAGGACACAGCAGAGCGUCUGAAACGUGAGCGAGACACCUUGCGUAAUACCUUGAAUUACUUGUCUGCUGCGACGGCUGUAAAGGAUGUUUUCUCCUCCUCGUCAUCGAGCAGUGACUAGUGCCAAGGAGGACGAUCUCUCUCCAAGCUAUCACUAACAGUUCAACUGACAAGCUCAUUGGUUAAUUAUCGUAGUAUAAUGACCUGAUCAUGAACACCAUUCCCUGAUCUCCUCCUUCAGAAGCAUGCUGUGUCAUUCGUGAUCUGUUUUCUCACCUGCUUAUCAAUUCCUGUUGUAUAGUAUCGAAAUUUCUCGCUCGCUCCAUCAGACACCUCCUCUCAUGCGAGCUCUCGCUCAAUCACUCAACCUUUAUGUUUCUAUCUCCUCCCCAGGGAGGAACGCUUGCAGAAUACCUCCAUCAUCAUGCAUGAUUAGUCCAUGCUCUCUCAGGGACUCCUUGCCCCCCUGGAAAAGCAUUUGAUCCCGCUAAGCGGUGGGUGCACAAUGCUCUAUGUUCCAUCAUUUCCAACAGUUUUGGUUCUUUCACAUCUUCCGCGCUUCUCUGUUCUUGCUUCUUCUGAUCAAUUAAGUCGGAAAGGACCAAUUUCUGGAGCAUCCGAAAAAUGUAGAGGGAAAAAGAAAAAGAAGGGUCUCCAGAAGAAAGAGCAUAUCAUGUCCGGUUGGGACAGAUUAAGACCAGCUGUCCUUCUAGAUCAGGAAUGCUGUCCUUCUAGAUCAGGUAUGUGUUCUUUGAGAACAACAAAAUGACUGACUGGCUGCUGCACGCAGCCGUCUUGAUCUGGGAGCACCCACUCCUAUCUACUCACACAUUGGCAAGCACUCUGUUGCCCUUCAUCCAUCCAUGCUUAGAGUUAGCCAUUCUGGCCAAUCCUGGCCCUUUCUCCAUUUUUGGAAUGCACAGGUGCCAGCAAAUUAUCCAUUUUGGGAAUGCACAGGUACUGGCAAAUGAUCCAUUUUUGGAAUGCACAGGUGCCAGCAAAUGAUCCAUUUUUGGAAUGCACAGGUACCAGCAAAUGAUCCAUGUUUGGAAUGCACAGGUACCAGCAAAUGAUUCUUAGACACCAGUCUGCAUUUUCGAGCGGUUGCAGUCUUUUAGUUCUAAGACACCAGUCUCUGGCGUAUCCUACCAUGCUGGAGAUGGGUGCGGUCUUUUAGUUCAUAGUUAUGUGACAAUAUUCUGUUUGACGAUAUAUAUAUAUAUAUAUUAUAUUUUCAGCCGUCUGAUGAGUCGGUGAAACUCUGACGAAACAGUCUGUCACAGCCCCUCGUUUGUUGUCCUCUUCUCCCUCUCUGCCUACGGUGUACCGGGCAGUUCUGUUUGACGAUUUAUAUAGGUAUACAUAUGGACCUGUUGAUCUCUGGUUGAGCGAUAUGUUGAAACUUCAAGGAAGGAAUUGUUGCUAUGUACAGAUUGGGUUUCGCAAUAUGGAACUCGACACAAUCUCUCUCUCUCUCUCUCUCUCUCUCUCUCUCUCUCUCUCUCUCUCUCUCUCUCUCUCUCUCUCUNUUGCACGGACCUCUGCACUUCGAGCUCUUCUCUUCGCCGACAACUUGGUCACAAUUGCACAGGCGUCUGAACUUCGGCUCCUGAUCUUUACCAUUAAUGGCUGCGCAGACUUGGCAGGCUCGUUAUCUGGAACAACUACCGGUAGCUCUGUUGUGACGGCCCCCUGGCGUGGACAAUAAACAGUGGUCUUGACUCUGAAGGGCUCUGGAUGCCAGUCGGAGCCAUAAACGAUGCUCUUCCGAUGUUUUGGAGGCGGGGAACGAGGACGCUCUGCAUCUAACUGUAAACCCUCACAAUUUGCCUUCGGUUUCUCUCCCUCUCUACCGGCUAGUCCGAUGCCUUUCCCCCACUGUUCGUGGUGGAGCUAAGUAGUUUGUUUACUCCCCUUUUUUCCUCCGAAUCCUGUUGCUCCUCUCCAACUUCCCAGAGCUGGGACAGCUGCAUGCUGAUGGCUGGUUGGUUACCAUUUGAUCCCUCCUCCCUCCCUCCCGCCGACUGCUUCCUUUGUCUGUUGUACGUGUCUGGGACGUUGUGUGCCGUUCGUGCAUCGUAGAACAAUUGCUGGAGUGCUCUCCUCAAGUGUGUAGCUCAGAGCUGUCGUAGUUUGGCAUCAGAGUGCAUGAUGAUGUCGCCUUGAUGAUUUGUGAAGUGUAUGUCCGCAGACGCAGUCCAAUUUGGGGAACACAUCCAUCUUGCUGGAUGGAUUGAUUGCUAUGAUCUGCUCGUCUAUCUCUAUCUCCAAUGCUGAACUGUAGCAAUAUGCUAAUGCAUGAGCUUUGCUGUCCAGUUUUCUGGCGGGCAACGCCUUGUCGUUUUCGUCAGAUUUCAAGCUCCUUUUGUUUGCUGCAUGAUACUUGUGCAUGUUCUGUUCCCAACCCCCUACUCCUUGUUUCAACUUCUUUGUCUCUGACAAAGGGCUUUACGUGCAGCAAUGAAUCCAAAUCGGUUGC